GGCCGUGUGGCAAAUUUCAUGGGUAUCACGUCGCUUUCUGCGAGGAAGAUUGUUCACCGUAACAGAUCAGUGAUCUCACAUGAGUCUGCUGGCGAAGUAUUUCCUAUACCACAAGUCUUUGAUAAUUUUACAGUGGGUGCCAUUCGUCGGUUUGUUCACGAGAUAUUUGCUGCAAAGCAAGUAUUUACUGUUAGAACCCUGAUGACAGAUUUGAAGACAGCCACCAUAAUCCCUGGAACAACCUCCGAGAUAGCGGUGUGGCGGCUCCUGCAAGAUAUGGGAUUCAGAUAUAAAACGUCUCAACGAAAGAUGUGUCUUGCAAAAGAGUCCAUUGAUGUGGUUUGCCGACGGAUCGGGGCUCUCCGGGCUCUGAAGCGCCAUCGAGAAGAUGGAAGGGAGAUAGUAUUUGUCGUAGAGACGUGGUUCACCACCAGAAUGAGCCACAACAGAGAGUGGUUGGACACCGCACAACCUGCUACCAGUGCCACUCAUAGCCGACAGGUACCACCUGGCGAGGGAGAGCGCUUCGUGGUGGUAGCAGCUGGCACAGCAAAUGGAAUUAUUGAAGGCUCUUUCCUUUGUUAUCCUGCAAAGAGUACAAGUGGCGAUUACCACGGGGAAAUGACAGGUGAGCUGUUCAUACUCUGGUUAACAAUGCAGCUUCUACCAUUGUUGCCUGAACCAUCAGUGUUGGUGCUCGACAACGCACCUUAUCACAGCCAGCUAUUAGACGAGUAUCGGUGUCUUACCACGGCCACCAAGAAAGCAGACCGUAUUACCUGGCUUCAGAGUCGCCGAAUCCCUGCCCCAGACGGUGUCACAAGACCUGAGCUGUUGCUCAUAUGUCAACAGUACAGGCCAAAACCACAGUACAUCGUGGACAACAUAAUUCGAGAGUGGGGCCACGAGUUGGUGCGUCUGCCACCUGCCCACCCAGAGCUCAAUGCCAUUGAGCAAGUAUGGGCGUGUAUGAAACGUCAUGUGCGUUCAUCUUUACAGCGAUUCACCCGGGCAGACUUGCAGGCAAGACUGGAGGAAGCCAAGCUUUUGGCCACUGAAAGUGUUUGGGGGUCUGCAGUGAAACGAUCUCGAUCCUUUGAGGAUGGGUAUUGGUCAAUGGACAACAUUCAAGAGCCUGUUGGACCUAUCAUUAUAAACUUAGACAACGAUGACGAGGAUAUAGAAGGCCUAUACCUGGAUGAUGACGAUGAUGAAAAUGAAUAA